ACCCGAACUGUCGUUGCCUGGACGUAGGAAGUCGACAUACAGUGUCUCUUGAACGGAGCAAAAAAACUGAAUACCGGCAGACAUAAAUACAUCUCCGCCAGUAAGAGAAAAGGAGGUAUUUUCUAUAAAAAAAGAAAGAGUGACUCUACAAAUGGACACCAAAAGACUAAUCUUGCUGCUAAAGGAAAAUAAUAAGUCCCAUGUAGGGUAUGGUUUACAAAAAGAAAGCGAAGCUCUUAUGGGUCAUAUUUUGAAAAAUAUGUCAAACUCUAAGCUACCAGAAUUUGAAGCAGAGAUGAAAAACUCUGAGGACUCUAUAUGUUAUCGUGAAGAGGGUAAUCAGCACUUUGUCUCUGGCGACGACACAGAAGCCAUAGAAUCUUAUACAAAGAGUCUGGCUUAUGCAGAUAAUCAGGAACUAAUGGCUUAUGCUCACGCAAAUCGCUCAGCAGCUUUAUACAGAAAGCAAAUGUUCAAAGAGUGUUUGAUAGACGUGGACACUGCUCUAUCCUUAGGGUAUCCUGAGGAGAAACGUCAGAAGCUAACGGAAAGGGGAGUAAAGGCACUAGCAGAGAUACAGAAGAGAUUAGAAAUCGAAAAUUUUUUACCAGAAGAAGAUAAUACACUGGGAAGUAUAUUUGGGGAGAAAGACAAUAAAAAUAACAGUAAGAAAUUCAAGCUGAUAAAACCAACCGAAGAAAAGAUAGAUGUUCCUCCUAAGGAUAAUGAAAUCAUCAAAAAUGGAAACAUCAAUUCUACUUCUAUGGAAGCUACAACAGCAAAAACAGGAAAUAGCAAGGAACCAAGAUAUUUGGCUGACGAAGGACACGUUAAACUAGUUUAUGGUUCAAGUAAAGAAGCUCCAGUGGCCAGCGAUGGUGUGGAAAUUGCCUUCUCUGAAAAAUUCGGUAGACAUUUUAUAGCUACAAGAGAUUUUAAUCCUGGUGAUGUUAUCACCAUUGAGAAACCUUACGCAUGCGUGAUUUAUCAGGAAAGGCCUUUUUUUAGAUUCUACACUCACUGCCAUCAUUGUUUAACUAGAAGCUACAAUUUAAUCCCAUGUAUCGUAUGUCCUGUCGCUCAAUAUUGCUCAGAAGAAUGUCGCAAGGCGGCUUGGAGUUCAGUGCAUCAUAUAGAAUGUUCUAUACUGGCUUUACUUAACAGUCUACUAGGUGUUGAUAAGGACAAGAUAAGAAUGUUGAUGAAAGUAUUAAGGCUUUUAAUUAAUGUAACUAAUGGUGGUAAAGCAAUCGCAGAAUUACGUCAGGAUAUGAAAAUUGCUGAAUCGAACAAAGAUGAUAGGACUGCUGGUUUCACUGAUGAAGGAAUAUUAGAUACUGCCAGUGCUCGGUCAGCCCUUAGUCUGGCUACUAAUAUGACAGGACGGCCACUUAUUGGAAUAAGUGCAUUUGCUUGUAUAUCUGCAUUGACUGGAGUAUUGUUAGCUACUCAGACAACCUUUUUUGGGAAACGAUAUUUGAUGGAGAAUCUGGCGAACAGUGAUAUUUUUGCGGAUCUUACUUUUUGUGGAUCAAUUAUGCUCAGGGCUAGUGUGAUAAUGUCUUCGAAUUGCUUUUCUAUACAACAAGAACCAUCAAUCAAGUCAGGCUCUGGUCUUUAUGUAGUACAUAGCCUGUACAAUCAUUCCUGUGCACCAAAUACAUUCAGGCACUUCGAAGGACUGACAAUGAUCACCAGAGUUUUGGAACCGAUACACCCUGGUGAACAAAUAUUUGCUUGCUAUGGUGCUGAUUGUGCUUACUUGCCGAAAGAGGAAAGAAAAAAAAAGCUUAUGGAAGAAUAUUUCUUCGACUGUGAAUGCCCAGGUUGUCUAGGAGAUUGGCCAACGUAUAAAGAUAUUCUUAAGAAUCACAUAGGCUCAAUAGCAAAAAACAAAGAAUUGGUUGAGCGUAUAAAACCAUUGAAGAAACGUCUCCUGGAGAACAAGUAUGAUAUAGAAGCUGUUAAGGCUAUCCUUCGGAUACUGCAUGGUGAAGUGACAAAACCUUGCGAGGAACUUAUUCAUGGUCUGCAGUAUAUCAAGAGUUACUACUUAGGUAAAUUGAAAUAAUUUCUCCUAUAUAGGGUGUACCAUUUGUUUUGUAUCAUGCUUUUUACCUAAUGGAGGAAUCUCAAGCUUACUCAUCAUUUGCUGCGCUUUCACCAAAUUAUAUAUGGUACUAGAUAUAUAGCACAUAUGGUACAUUUGGUCGAGUGUGCACUCAUCCAUAUAGAUAUGCAUAAAUCAUACUAAAGAUUACCGCUUCAAACUUAAUUUUGUUUGGCUGACUAAUAAUGUAAAAGCUUUAAGCACUUUCAGUUAGUUAACCAACACUGAAGUCUUUGCUAUUAUUGUAAAAAGGCUUUCGCUAUAGUGACUUGUAUAAUGCACUGAGCACGUGAGUUGUAAUAGAAUUCAUCGAUGCGAUCAAGUAUGCAGGAAACAAUUAGUUAAACUAAUUGAACACUUUUGAUUUUUCAGAUCUAUAGAAGAAUAAUGGGUACCUCAUUGUGUUAGUAUGUAGCCUAUAAAAUAAUUAUUAAAUAAAAAAGACAAAUUAGAACUUAA